GUUCUGGCUCUGGUUCUGGUUGUGGUUGGACCUGCUAGCUGCUUCUCCGCCGGAGUCUGUGCCUUUUCUCUGGGUUUUAAACGAACCGGUCCGGUUCGGUACCAGACUUUAGUUGGUCUCAUAUUUGGACCCGAUUUCUCUGAUCCAUUAGAUGUUCCGUUAAUCGGCUCGGUGGUUUUGAAUGUUUUUGUCAUUUUAUCAUAAACUGGAACAAAGGUUCAGUUCGUCAUAUUCUCCAAAUAAAAACCAGCCGACGGAAAAUAAUGAACCAAUCAGAUUUUACAAGAUUCAGUUGAAUUAUUGAAGUGUGAAUUGUCCACCGGUUCGGUUCUGAUCAAAUCAGUUGCAGGUGGCGCUGUUAUCUCCCCAAACAUGUCGUCCAGGAAGGAGCGGACCAACGAUGAGCGGUUCUGCCGGGUCCAGAAGGACCCCAGGUUCUGGGAAAUGCCAGAGAAAGAACGUAAAGUCAAGAUUGACAAACGUUUUCAGUCCAUGUUUCACGACCGGCGCUUCCAGACGAACCAGACGGUGGACAAGAGAGGACGACCCGUCCAGCUGUCCACCGCCGCCGACCUGAGGCGCUUCUAUCAGCUGGAGGAGGAGGAGGAGGAAGAAGAAAAGGAGGAGGAGGAAGAAGAAAAGGAGGAGGAGGAGGAGGAAGAAGAAAAGGAGGAGGAGGAGGAAGAAGAAAAGGAGGAGGAGGAGGAGGAGGAAGAAGAAAAGGAGGAGGAGGAGGAAGACGUUCAGGGACAGAAGAAGCAUCUUGGACGAGGAAGCAGAGCAGCAGCAGCAGAAGAUGAUGACGAGGAGGAUGAUGAAGAGUCCGGUCUGGACUCUGAUGAUGACAGCGGACCGGAUCUGGCCCGAGGAAAAGGAAACAUGGAGACCAGCUCUGAUGAAGACGAGGAUGAUGAUGAUGUGGACGACAUCCUGAGGCAGGAGGAAGAGCAGUUCGAACACGACUGGGGGGAGCUGUGCAGAGACGCGCCGCGGAGCCAGCAGGUUUCUGCUCGGCUCGCCGUCUGUAACAUGGACUGGGAUCGCCUGAAGGCCAAAGAUCUGCUGGCUCUGUUCAGCUCCUUCGUGCCUGAAGGGGGCGCUGUGCUGUCUGUGAAGAUUUUCCCGUCAGAGUUUGGGAAGGAGAGACUGAAGGUGGAGGAGACGCAGGGACCGCCGGAGCUGAAGGCGCUGCCGGACGAUUCGGAGAACGAGACAGAGGAAGACAGGGUUUACAGGGAGAAGCUGCGGGAUUAUCAGUUCAAGCGUCUGAAGUAUUUCUACGCCGUGGUGGAAUGCGACUCAGUGGAGACGGCGGUGAAGAUCUACGAGGAAUGCGACGGCUUCGAAUACGAGAGCAGCUGCUCGGUUCUGGACCUCCGUUUUGUUCCUGAUGACGUGACGUUUGACGAGGAGCCCAGCGACGUGGCGACCGACAUCAACCUGACGGCCUACACGCCCAAGCUGUUCACCUCGUCCGCUGUCGCCUCCUCCAAGGUGCAGCUGACGUGGGACGAGACAGACCACGAGCGCGUGACGGCUCUGAACAGGAAGUUCAACAAACAGGAGCUGCUGGACCUGGACUUUAAGGCCUACCUGGCCUCCUCCAGUGAGGAAGACGAAGAUGAAGAGCAGCAGGAGGAGGCAGGCGCAGAAGAGACGAUCGGAGAGGAGGUGGAGGAGAAACCUCAGGAGAAACAGAAGAAGAAGAAGAGGAGCGAGGAGCAGAUCAGUAAAUACAGAGAGCUGCUGAAGAGCAUCCAGAGCAAAGAGAAGAGGCAGCAGGAGGACAUGGAGAUGGAGAUCAGCUGGGUUCCAGGUCUGAAGGAAACGGCGGAGCGGCUGGUGAAGAAGAAGCUGGAGGCCAAGGACCAGAUGACGCCCUGGGAGGAGUUUCUGCAGAAGAAGAAGCAGAAGAAGAAGCAGAAGAAAAGUGAAAGAAAGCAGGGAGCAGAAGAAGAGCUCAGUGACGACGAGCUUCCUCCUGAUGUCGACCUCAGCGACCCGUUCUUCUCAGACGAGCUCGGACCGUCAGACAUGAAGAAGAAACAAAAGAAGAAGAAACAAGAGGAAGAGCAGCUUACAGCUGAGGAGGAAGAGGAGCGGCAGAAACAGAAGGCCCAGAUGGCUCUGCUGAUGGAGGAUGACGAUGAUGAAGCCAAACACAAACACUUUAACUACGACAAGAUCGUAGAGCAGCAGAACCUGAGCAGGAGGAAGAGGAAGAAGCUGCUGAGGAAGGGCGAAGCGCCGCUGGAGGACGACGGCUUCCAGGUGGACGUUUCUGACCCGCGCUUCCAGGCCGUCUUCACCUCCCACCUGUUCAACCUGGACCCGUCCCACCCCGGCUUCAGGAACACCAGAGCCACGCAGAGCAUCCUGGAGGAGAAGCAGCGCCGCCGCCGCGCGGAGCCUGGCGGCGGACAGGAGGGGGCGGAGCCUGGCGGCGGACAGGAGGGGGCGGAGCCUGGCAGGGGACCGGAGGGGGCGGAGCCUGGCGGCGGACAGGAAGCAGCCGGAACUGUGCGGGAAUCGGACUCAAAAAAGGCGAUGGAUCCGAGUCUGUCGCUGCUCGUUAAAUCCAUUAAGAGCAAAACGGAGCGGUUCCAGGCCCGGAAAAAACGGAGAGUGACCUAAUUCCUCCUGAAGGCGGACCCAGAACUUCCUGGUUCUGAUCUGGACAGCAGCCAUUUUGAAUGUUUUAUUAUUAAAUCUUUCAUCUCAAACUGAAUCAUUAUUUCCUGUUAAAAAAAUGAAACAUCUGAAGGUCCAGUUGAA